AUGAAUGCUAUAAAAGUUGUCUUUCCGAAUACAGGACACCUUCUUUGUGUUUGGCAUAUUGAAAAAAACAUCCUUGCAAAAUGUAAAAGAUUUUUUGAUGAUAAAGAAGGAUGGAAUGCAUUUCUAUCAACCUGGACAAACUUGAUUCAGUCUCCUGAUCAAUCUUCUUUCGAUCAAAAUAUGAAUCUGUUUGAAGCUCAAUACAUGGAAAAUGCAUCUUUACUAAAUUACAUUAAUGCGACAUGGAUUCCGUACAAGGAUAGGUUUGUAUUUGCCUGGACAAAUGCUUUUUUGCACUUGGGUAAUCAUGCCACUUCAAGGGCAGAAGGUGCUCAUGUUGUUCUGAAACAAUAUCUAUACGUAUCUACAGGGGAUAUCCGUGAGGUGAAGAACAAGAUUUGUCUUGCAAUUGAAAAUCAGUAUCAGGAAAUAAAAACAAGGAUUGCAAGUGAAAAGGUGCGUAUACCACAUAAAUAUCAUAUUCCUUUAUUUCAAGAACUUGUUUGUUAUAUUUCAGUGUUUGCUCUUGGUCAAUUAUAUAAACAACAUGAGAUAGCCAUGACACCGGGAAUUCUGAACACUUGCAAAACACAUUUCUCAAGAUCUAUGGGACUUCUGUGUGCGCAUAAGAUAAGAGAAUUAAAGGAAGGAAAUGUAUUGCAUCUUAGCGACAUUCAUCCUCAUUGGAGAAUUGAUACACAAUCAUUUCCUGAUAGUAAUGAUUUACAGAUUGAUCGGAAUGAAGACAUUGAUAUCCUCCUUGAAGAGUUUCGAGCUAAAUAUCACAAGCAGCCCCUAGUACAAAAGGAAGAUAUUAAAAGACAAAUCACUCUGUUUCUUGAUGCUCCUGCUCCAACAACACUUGAACCACAAAUUAUUCCUCACAAAGGCCGUCCGGUUGGUGCAAAAAAUAAGAAAAAUAAGAGCUCUACAACUCGUGAUCAUUCAGCUUUUGAACUUCAAGAUCUAAGAAAGUGUAGUAUGUGUCAGGGUAUUGGACACAAUUCUCGCACUUGCAGCAUGAAAAAGCAACAUCCUCAUGAAAAAGCAGUGUAG